AUGAACUUUCAGACGACCACUACUCAUGUAGUUAUUAAAUUCAAUGAAAAAACCAAAAAUGGAAAGGAAAGCAUUGAUAUUCUACCAAUUUCGUGGACGUACUACAAAAAGGGCAAAUUAUUCAGUAGAUAUCCAUAUGAAGAUGAGUACCAUAAAUUAGAUGAUAUGUGCAAGUUGUCAGUAGAACCCAAAACAUUUUGGAAAAGUUAUGAAGCAACUUUAAUUAAAGAAGCUAAAAGUUAUGAACAAGGAUUACGUAGAAUGAACAGGGCAUGCUCGGAGACUAUAGUGCAUAGUAGUAACCUAGAUGAAAGAAAUAGUUCUGAAGAAGAAAUGAAUCCUCUUAAAUGA